GACUACCUAACUCAACUGUCAACUACUCCCAGUACCGGAUUUUAAAACCGCCAUUAAACCCGCCACAAUUACCGUUAUUAUUACCACUGGGCCACUUCAAUUCAAACUCGAAUCUUCAGACAACAGAUCCCGACAAAACUUCACUUGUCUGCGAACCCAAUAAACCCUAGAGUUCCUUCGAAAUUUAAAUCCAAUUUCUUCAAUGACUACUUCCACUUACAAUCUUGCUUUGAUUCUCAAAACCCCGUUAAACGACGCCGAAUUUGUUCUCCUGAAGCAAACCCCACCUCCGAAAUUCAAUGAAGAAGAGUACGAUUCGUACGUGGAUUCUGAUCUUUGGGACUUGCCGUUUACGAAAUUGAACCCUGUAGGAGAAGAAAACUCUGAAUCCUCAAUUGCCAUUCAAGGUUUAGAGUCGAGUUCAGAGAAAGUCAAUUUGAGUAAAUUUGAUGUUGAAUCAGCACUUAUCCAGGUGCUUGGGAAAGUGGGGUUUGGGAUGAGAGAUGGGAGAGAAUGGAGACUGUGGAAGUGUGUGGAGGAAGCUGAGUUUGGACCGGGAUUACCGGUUCAUACUGUAUACAUUAUUGGCACAUUGGCAGAUGGAAACGUAUAUUUGCAAGAAGGAUGUAAAUGGAUGUCAUCUCAAAGUUGUCUGGAUUUUCUGUUGGAGGUGAAACCAAGUAGUGAUCGGGUGGGACCUCUGGUUGUUGUUGGUCUUUUGAAUGACUUGUUACAAUCUAAAGAGUGGAGAGUCCCCCCAAACCUGCAAUACCAGGAGUACCCUCCUGGUGUUAUCCUUGUACCCAUGAAAAGCAGGACAAAAGGUCCUUUUCACACAACAAACUUGAUUGUAUUUGCACCUGAAAGUGUUUCGGAUGACCUUGGGGACUCUAGAUUUGUUGCUUAUGGAGAGGCAUUGAUAGUUGAUCCUGGAUGUCGUCAUGAAUACCAUGAGGAGCUCUUGAAAGUCAUUUCUUCUUUGCCCAGAAAGUUAAUUGUCUUUGUUACCCAUCAUCACCGAGAUCAUGUUGAUGGUCUCUCUGUUAUCCAAAAAUGCAAUCCUGAUGCUACUUUAUUAGCCCAUGAAAAGACCAUGCGCCGCAUAAAAAAAGAUGACUGGUCUCUUGGCUACACAUCAGUUUCUGGAGGCGAAGACAUUUGUGUUGGUGGUCAGAGAUUGACUGUUGUUUUUUCUCCGGGGCAUACUGAUGGUCAUGUGGCACUGCUUCAUGCCAGUACUCACUCAUUGAUUGUUGGUGAUCAUUGUGUGGGUCAGGGAAGUGCAGUAUUGGACAUCACUUCUGGUGGAAACAUGACCGAAUACUUCCACUCAACUUACAAAUUUUUGGAUCUUUCUCCACAUGCUUUAAUCCCCAUGCAUGGAAGAGUCAACUUGUGGCCAAAGCACAUGCUCUGUGGAUAUCUCAAGAACCGAAGAAGUAGAGAAGCAUCCAUCCUGAAAGCCAUAGAAAGUGGAGCAGAAACAUUAUUUGACAUAGUAUCAGAGGUAUAUGCUGAGGUUGAUCAAAGUUUCUGGGUUCCUGCUGGUUCAAAUGUUAGGCUUCAUGUGGAUCAUCUUGCCCAGCAAAACAAGUUACCAAAGGAAUUUUCGGUUCAGAAGUUUCAAAAGACAUGUCGACUCCGAUUCAUUGUCAGGUGGGGGCUAGCAUACCUUGGUAGCCGGAUUCGGUUAAAGCACCAGAAGCUAAGCAUGUCCAAAUUACUAAUUGCUGGGGCUGUGGCUGGAUUUGCUGUUUUUAACUCUCUGAAAAACAAGCUCAUUUCCAAGUAAAGUCCGUUUCAAAUUCUAUGAAAAUGACACACAUCAAAAUACAUAUAUUCAAGUGAACAUUGAACUAUCAAAGUAUUGUAUUUACGCAUGUUUGCCAAAAAGUGGAAUCUAUUCUGCCUAAGCAAAGUUUUGUUUUA